CAACAUGCGCCAUUUUCAACCAGCACCCAACGACAUUCAACUGACACCGCUCUCUUGGGCGAAAUGGCAGUUUAACGGCUUGCGGCGGUCCUAGCAGCAGCAAAUCCAACAGUGCAUCAACCCAGUGCACUGCUUCAACUUCAUAUUUGUUAAAAUGACGUAAGUAUAUAUUUGUUAACGAUUUUAUUUGUAAGCAAGUGGCUAGCUAACGUGAAUCCGUGACAGCUCAAUGACGUCAAUGAGCUCUAGCCUCAAUUUGUGAAGCUAUUAGUUAAUUGCCUGCUUAUGUUGUGUAGCGAAGUAUUUUAUAAAUACAUAUAGUAUAACUUGCCGUAAGGUUGCCAUUCGCCAGACAAAUCCUUGGAAUGACAUUGGAUACAGACGUCACGAGUCAGAUCAGAGAAUGUUACAUUAUCUCUUUCGGGCAAAAUGGUCAGUGAGCUGUUAACGUUACAUAAUAAUAGCGCGCGAUAUUGUCACCAAAUAAAAAAUAAAUAAAAAGGUGCUAAGAUUUUAUGUAGUUUUCCAGGAAUGCCAACGUGGCAAACAAAAUGGUUCGUGAUCUUUUUCGAACAAAAUGGCGAUAUAAUCAGUGUUUUAAGGCGGGAGGGUGAACACAAGUGUGGCUGUUGGGGUUUGGGAGGCGGAAGCAACAAUCUCAUUCGCUAGACACACUUCCAUUCUGACGAUGGUUGCUGUGGAAACUGACUGACCUCAUUUGGCGCGUGUGCGAGUCACAAGACAAAGGCAGGGAGGGUAUUCAGUGCCAGUGCAAGGAGGUGUGUUGUGAAAUGGUAGGGGCAGUGUCGUGCACAAAAUACAUUACAGAUAAACACAAGUUCAGACUUAAUGUUUUUCCCACCCAAUUAAAAAUGUGUGCUGCCAAAUAUGACAUUACUCAAUCGCAACAUAACACCGCCGACCAUGACAUAAUAUAGAAUCAACAUAAAGGAGAAAAAUACCAUUUUUUGCCAACAUUAUGAGCUAUGGUUUACGUUAUUACAUGAACUCACCGUGUCUUCUGGUGUCUCUUUCCCAGGUCCCUUGUGGAAACCCUCAGCACUGCUGUAGUUGACAGCAUAAAAGAACCGCUAGACCUCUUACUGCUGUACCUACCGUCUCAGAUCCUAGUGACUGAACAACAGAGCUAUGACCAUGAUGAGCUCACAGUUUGGCCUGGACGAUAUGGAGGCCCUACUCUGGGGGCCUUCCUCUCUCAUGGCUGACCCCAUGGGGUCACUGCUCCACCAAGAUGAAGUUACCUCGAUAGAGGGGGGGGCUUCGUCCCUCUCGUCAUCUUCUCCUCUUCCCCUUCUCUCCCCUCCUCCCUCUCCGCCUUCGCUGCUCCUCCAGGAAGAGAAGGCGGAGGCAGACUUGCUGUCCUUCCCAUGGCUAUCUGCUGACGAGCUAGGCCACACCCAUCACAUUGGUGCAGAUGAUGGCAAAGGUGAGGACCACAACAUACUGUCCUCCACACGUAUGUUCAUGCUGGUCGACAGUGUGCAGAAAUCCAUAGCAAUUUAUAUUUUAUUCCCAUGAUCAGUUUUUUUGCAGUAUAGAAAAGGUAAUAGGUUUUAUCAUGAAUAUAAAAACUUAGACUUCCACUUUGACAUUUUAUGAUCACAAAUUGUAAAUCGAGUAUUUGUAUUUUCAUAUUACUUUAGAUAUUGAGUAGUUGAUUAACCUCCUUUUGUCCUCCGCAGAGGAUGCCUUUUCUGGCAUGGACUGGAUGGCCGAGAGGGUCGACCUGAGUGAGUUUGACCUGGACUCCAUUAUAGGUUCCCUCAGCCCAGACGGUUCCCCCAGCUCCCCUGAAGACCUCAUCGCUUCCUUUGAGUGUCCCAUGGAGCUGGACUCACUCCCCCUCCCUACUCUCAUGGACCUCCCCACCACCACUGAUCCAAUCCUCCCCCCAACCGUCUCACAGCCCCAGGAAGACCCUCAGGAGGAGGUCCAUUCACCUCCCCCCUGCGUACCCGAUGCCCAGGAGGAGCUAGAGAUCAAAUCGGAGCCCCAGUCCCCAGCCCCCUCUCCUCCAUCUCCCUCCUUCACCUUAGACGUGGGCAGUGAGGUGGAUGUCUCGGCGAACGUCAGCGAGCUUCUCCUUGAUGUUCCCCAGCCAGUCCCCAGCGUCGUGCUGUCUCUCUUCCCGACCCGCAUCGUCCUCCUCCUGGCCCCUAAACAGGAGGUCGGCGUCACAACCACCACCGUCACCAUCCCACAGAUCCUCUCCUCUGACAGUGACAGCAGCUUCAGCUCCUCCGAUCAGCUCAACCGGCCCUCCAUCGCCACAGCUCAGUCAAGGUCCCAAACCAGGAGCAAACCGUACCCAACAACCCCCAAGUCUAGGCCACAACAUCCAGACCAUCCAUCUCCCACCACUACAUCGAGUGGGAUAAUGAAGUCCUCCACUGGAGGACCCCCGAAGGAGAAGCUCAAGAAGAUGGCGCAGAACAAGACGGCGGCCACGCGCUACCGCCAGAAGAAGAAGACUGAGCAGGAGGUCCUGAGUGCGGAGUGCGACGAGCUGGAGCAAAGGAACCACAAGCUGGUGGAGAAGGCAGACUCCAUUGCCAAUGAGAUCCAGUACCUCAAGGACCUCAUAGAGGAGGUGCGCCAUGCGAAGAGCAGAAGGGCCUCGGCGACCUCUAACCGUAGUGUGUAACCCACCAAGUAUCCCACUAUCUAAGAUCUAUAAUGCUUUUCGAAAUGCAUGUAUUGUAUUGAGACUCCCAAAGCCCAAGUUUUAUUGACCUUUGACCUUCCUGCGUGUCUAUUCCUUUAAGAGUUUUUAAAGAGACUAUUGUUCUUGUAGCUUGAGCUUUUGAUGUAAUCCCUGAUCUCUUGUAUGAAAACCUUAAGUAUUUUCCGAACAGUAAAACAGUAUAUUGACUCAUGUAAUUCGUCUGAUCUUUUCUAGUCUUUGUCAUUGUUUAUUCUUAUCAAUAGAUGUGUCUAUAUUGCUGUAGAAGUAUGUAGUCUUAAAUAGGUUUAGAAGCCUCUUCAUAUGUAUUUUUACUGUAGUCUGAAUCGUAUCUAAAUGUAUUCCUUUCAUUAUCUAUUAAAAAGUCAAAUCCA